UAUUCCGGUAGCUUUGACGCAGCCGCAGAUCUGAUUCCACCUGCAGCAGCAGAAAAGCGGCAUCUGAUCCUCCGGCACCAGAAAGCAGCGGAACAAAGAAGAAAACCACAGAAUCCACUUUUAAUUCGACACUGCAAACAAACAGACUCAGACAUGAUGGAGAAAUCAAACAGCCAAUACGACUCCUUCCUGUUCUGGAGGCAGCCAAUCCCGGCCCUCGACCUGUCCGAGCUGGAGGACCUGGGUUUGAUUGACAGCCAGUCGGCCAAUGGCAGCAAAGGAAAAGACAAGACGUCCCAGAAGUGGAACCGCAACGACGAGGGUGAUCUGUCGGAGUUUUCCUCCUUCAACUACUGGAGAGCUCCGAUCGCUGACGUGGACGCUCUGCUGGCCGACCUCAACCUGCUGCUGUGAACACAUCUGAACCUGACAUCACAUGACCUCUGACCCCAGCAUCACAUGACCUCUGACUCCAACAUCACAUUAAAACAAAAUCCCAAUUCAGAUUAAACUCUUAUCCUGAUUUGGAUUAGACUUUAAUCCCUGUCCAGAUUUAACUCAAGUCUUGAUUCAGAUUUAACUUUAAUCCUGGUUCAGUGUGAUCCUAGCACAGAAUAAAAUCUGAUCCUGAUUUAGAAUUAUCUCAGAUCUUGGUUCAGAUUAAGUGCUAAUCUAGAUUCAGAUUAAACUUCAAUUCUGGUUCAGAUUAAACUCUAAUUCUGGUUCAGAUUAAACUUUAAUCCAGGCUCAGGUUAAACUUCAAUUCUGGUUCAGAUUAAAUUUAUCCUGGUGUAGAUUACAUUUAAAUCCUGGUUUAGAUUUAACUUUAAUCCUGAUUCAGAUUAAACUCUGAAUAUGCAUCAGAUUAAACUCUGAUUCAGGCUCAGAUUAAACUUUAAUCAAGGCUCAGAUUACACUCUAACCCUGGUUCAGAUUACAGUCUGAAUCGGUGAGAAUCAGGUCUUUGCUUUUCACUUUUGUCCAAAUUAAACAAUCUGAAGCUGCUUUUACAGUAAACCUGAUCUUAGACUGUUUACACUGGAAUAAUGAGAAACCAGAUCAGACUGAAGGUUUGAAUCCCUUUUGUGGACAAAAUAACAGAAACGCUGCAUCGAGCUGUUGUUGAUCAAAUAGUUUCAUCAGUGUCUCGUUAACUCAAAUGUAAUGAAUGAAGUCUGUGUGUUUAGAUUAAUAAUUGAGGCCUUAUUUCAUAAUGCUGCUACCUGAACGAAGUCACCUUUAAUUUAUUACAUAAACAUCUGAAGAACAAACCAUCUUUUCACAGCUGGAAACACAAACCAGAUCAGUUCACUUUCACAGUUAAGGGAAAAGGACAAUAAGCCCCUGAAUAUUAUGAGAUGAGGCCUAAAUUUUUUUUCAAUUCUGUUGAGGUCUGAGACCCAAAUUAUGUUUCUUCUGUCGUUCCAUCUGUGCCUUUUUUGUUUUUUCCAGAGCUGCUUUGUUAACAGUCACUGUUACCAUCCGUCCUGAUUAUUUAUGUAAUUAUUUAUGUAUUUAUUGAUUUAUUUAUUAGUGCUGCUGUGUUAGUGAGCGAGCCUCGAACGGACUGCACACCUGCCAACAACAAUAAAGGAAAAAACGUCCUGUUUUGA